GGACAGUCAGUUGCCAUCCGAAAAGACGUUAGUGAGAGCUCAUAGUUUAUAGCAGCAAAGAACAUUCCGGAAAAUAUUUUUAAGUUGUUUACGUUAUUAAUGUUUUUUUUUGUUAGUUAAUUAUUGACCACCAUAACUGACUUGUCUCAAAUUAAACUUAUUUACCACAGUCAUUACUUUGUUAUUUCAAAUUAUUUAUUGCUCGGUUGUCGUGUUGACAACUUUUUUUUCAUCGCAAAGCAUUAACAAGGUACAAAGUAACUACUCGGUUAUUCAAUAAAUUGACAGAAUGAGUGGAUUACCUACAGCAAGCAGAUACGAAACAAGUGCCCCUCAAUGGGUUGAUUUCGACGCAAUGACACCGAGUGCAUGCCCUGAUGACGGUUACUUUGACCAGUUCCAUGAUGACCUUGAAUCAACGCCAUAUCUACGCCAGAUGCAGCCUGUUGCUCCAGAUGAAAAAACGGAAAAAUCGGAAAGACUUCGCAGUGUCAAAGCAUCAUCAUUAUUUUCUGACAUUGACGAUUCCUCAGGUGAUUCUAAUUUUAUAAAUGACAUUGAUCAAAUGUAUAUAUCGCCGAUAAAAUUAAAUUCACCGCGUUGUAAAAACCAAGAUUCUGGUGUACUGCAAGAAUUGUCUGUCGAAGAUGUUCUUAAUGACGCUUUGAAAGGUAUGGAGAUAAUAGGAUCUUCUAUGAAAAAAAAACGUCAAACUCCAAAAUUAAAUGUAACAGCGUGUGAUAGCACAUCAACAACUCCAAGUAAUCGCAAGACUCGUGUUUCGAAGUCCAUGAAUUUCAAUGGAAUUAAUAAACAAACACCUGUUGCUGGUUAUCGUCAAAGCGCAAGACUCAAAAAUACCAUCGAUAAUUCAGAAAUAAUUACAACUGAUGGAAUAUCUACAGAUAAAAUCAAUUAUUACGUCAAUGAAGAUCAAGAUCAAGAUGUAACUAAAGGAGUUUCGGCAGGUACAAAUAAAGACGGAAAUCGAUGCACGGUUACUAUAAAUGAAGAAUAUAAAGAAAACAUAGUCAAUAUCAAAGUACCAAAAAUAAAAGUAGAUCAGUUUAAAACACCGACUAAAAAUGUGUUAUCACAUCAUCGUACUCCGUCAGGUCGUACGGCUAUUAAAAUAAUAACUACUCCUUGCCGUAUGAAUUUACAGAACUCGGUUACACCAUCGAAAAAUACUGAAGCUUAUGAUGUUGAUGAUAUAAAUGAACGAGAGGUUGAUGCUGAUAACACAAUGAUUGCUGAAGGGGAAUCGGAUGAUGACUUUAAUGAAAAUAUUGAGUACCAACAAACAAAGAGUCCUGAUAAACAAGUUGAUCAUACAAAAGUUCCGUCUGAUACUAACGUGACGAUAUGCUCAGACAAUAAUUAUAGAUCUAGAGAAAAACGUAAAAUACGAUUAUCAAAAUCACUUUAUCAUCCGUCUCCGUCUGCUUUUCGUAAGCCAAAUAAAAUAGUGAUGACACCUUGUACUGUUAAACUUGAAAGACUAACGACACCAUUACCGAAAAUCAAGAUAAAUAAUAUUCAUUUGUUUGAUAAGAGUGUAAAAGAUACAAUGGACAUUGAUGAUGAUUUGCAAGCUGAAAUUGAAUCGGCUAAUAAAGUUACAGUAAAACAAGAAAUUAUAACACCUGCAGCUGCACAUACAGAGACUAUAAUCACUGAUGAACAGCCUGGAUGCUCAAAGAACAUUCAAGAUUACGAGGAUAAUGCUGAGGAAAACCUGGACUUGGAUCAGGUGACUAACAAAUCGUCUACAGCCACUGAAGCUACGGCUAAUAUUAACAUUGAAGGGCUAGAUGGGCAAGAUGAUGUAUUUGAACCACUUGAAGAAUUCCGUAAAAAACUCGACGGUGAAGAAGAUCAAUACUUCAAAGUUCAUCAUAAUCGUCAUCCUAUGAAACGUCAGUCCUGUCAAGCCAAACCAAAGGUUUUAACAGGUACGGCUCGAAGACGUAGCGAUCAGUAUCAACCUUUUAAUAAAUCAAACACCAAAUAUGUGAGUCUGGCAGAAGGUGUCUCGACAUUCCAUCGCAGUACACCAACGCGUUUCCACACGGUGAGCACAAAGACAGCAGACACUAAAGCCGGGCCAGUUCAAAAGGUAAAGCAACAAACUUCCAAGCGAACUAUUCCAGUAUCACCUGCAUGGCACGGCAGAACACGUACCAGGCAGCCUCUGCAAACUCAAUUGGAACGUGAAGAAUUGGCUCGUCAGAAAAAUAAAAUUCGCGCUAAUCCCAUACCCAAGGGAAUUUUAACAGCUCCAAAAGCAUUGAAACCUGUUCCUAAGAAACCGCCUACUGAACCAAAGCCGUUCCAAUUAACUGGAACUAGAAAAAUUUCUACUAAAAAACCAAUUAGUACGUCAACAGCAACUACUAGUACUGUAACUUCAGCAACAUCAUCAGUAGUUUCCACGUCAACAGCGAAUGUUUCCGGAUCACGAGUCACUUCACAAGCAAGAAGAACAGUUGUAACAAUUAAUAAUGAUGGUGUUGCACAGCAACAACAAGUUUUACACUUUGGAAUACCGGUUGUCACUAAAAAAAAUAUAAAUGUCAUUGGAACGAAAAGAACUGUACCACAGCCAUUCAGUCUAGAAGCACGAAAUCAAGAAUUUUUAAGAAAAAAAGAAAGAAAAUUGGAAAAAUUACGGGAAGAAGAAGCUAAAAAACUUAAAACUGGUUUUCAUGCUCGACCAGUCCCUAAUCUUACUAAAAAACCAAUUAGUCAGGAAGUAAAUAAAGAAAAAGUAAAGAAAGCUCCGGCGACGUUCAAAGUUAUGCCAUUUAGUUUUGAGAACCGUGAUAAGAUGUUGGCUAAAAAGAAAGAAGAGUUACGUAAAAAAGCCGAAGAGGAAGCUAAGAAAGUUAGAGUAUUCCAUGCAAAUCCUGCACCGACAUUCAAACCAGUUACCGUGAGGACAACUUCUAAAGAAAGUGUCAGAAGCGAGACGCGUGAGAAUGCGGAACUUAAAGUCAGAGCUCCUCCAGUACGUACAGUGUCGGCUGAUCGUUUGACACGUGGGAAUUCAAACGAUAAACUCAAGUGUCAAAUAGGCGCUCGUGGAUUGUCUGCACAAAAUUUAAGAUCUAGACAAGACAGUUUUACAGCAACAAAUUUUAUCAGAAAACCACUUGGUUCUAGUUCGUCCAUCAAAGACGAUCAGCGUCAGCUAGAUCAAGAAAAUGAUUCUUCAAACGCACCUUCUACUUCAUCAAUGCCAGCAAUGAAGCAAAAUUUAACGACUCUACCAGUGAAGCUACACAGCGAUCGCAGAGCUACAAAACGUCGCGAGUACGAUGAUAAACUAAGACGUCAAAUGGAACAAGAAGAAGCGUUUCAGCGAAUGGAGCAGCAAGCUAUCCUAGCUAAAGAGCAAGCCGAAAUUGCUAAAAUACGCAGAAACGGAGAAAUUAAAGCUAGACCGAUGCCUGUUUAUAAACCUCUCGUUGUUGUUAAGUCCACUAAACCACUCACUGAACCGUCAAGUCCGGCCUGGUCUCGACCUAAGCAUUAAUUUUUACUUUUCUUAUGUUUAUUUUUAUCUAAUAUAUAAUCUAUUUUUAUUACAAUUGUCAUGCAGCUUGCAAUUUUUUUUAUUGUUAUGAAUUCGAUAUUUUGCUUUAUAUUAAUUAAUAUUUAAAAAAAAAAUUGUUCAGAAUUUUCACGUUUAUCGUAUUAAUUGUUUUAUUGAAAUAAAUUUGCUUUAAUUUUUCGCUGGAUGGUACGAUGAAACUCAAAUUUUUUUCAAUAAAAAAUACUUGAGUGAUUUCAUAACUUUAAUAAUAAUAAUAAUAAAAGUUUUAAAUAAUUGAUUAGUUA